CUGUUUCAGGAACAUAGCCAAACGGCACAAUAUGGAGCCCGGAAAAAGCAUGCCCUCGAUCUGGAGUCAGUUGAAAUUAGAGUGAACGAGGCUUCCGAAGAAGACGGGAUUCGGCGUUACCUUCGUGCCACCGACGAGUCUGAAGAUGGGAUGACUGAAAAUGAGGUCUUCGAACUAUUCGAUGUUAUUAAAGAGAACAUGCCCGAUUUUGACCCUAAGCUAUUCAUGACGGAUGAACCAAUAGUUUCUAUAAUGGAUUUCUGCGGGCUUUUCCGAACUCCGAUGAAAAGAGGCUUGUUCGAGGGGCGGUAUCGCCUUAGACAGCAACAUCGUCAGCACGAGAAAGCAGUCGAAAGCGAUUGGAAGGAGGAUUGA